AUGGAGCUGAGUGCAUUAAGUUCAGACACUGAAAUCUCAAUGGGCUUCUUGUCAUCAUGGGUUAAGCUUCUUCCCUUCCUUUUACUAAACCUUUGCAUCUUUCAGCAAAACUGGUUUGUGUUCAGCAUUUCAAGCAGCAAGGUUCAUAUUGUUUAUAUGGGACAUAAUACUCAUUCUCACCCAGAGGUUCUUCGGGAGAAACACCAUGGAAUUCUAUCUCAAAUUCUUGGAAGCAAAGAAGCUGCAGCUAAAUCAAUUGUGUAUAGCUACAAGCAUGGGUUUUCGGGGUUUGCAGCGGUAUUGACCCCGUUACAAGCUUCAUCGGUUGCAGAUUUAGCAGGAGUUGUUUGUGUGAUUCCUAAUAGAAUUCUUCAACUUCACACAACAAGAAGUUGGGAUUUUCUCCAAGUCAAACCUCGUUUGGUCAACGGGAUACUCUCCAAAAGUCAAUCGGGUGUUGGAUCCAUCAUUGGAGUCUUUGAUAGUGGAGUAUGGCCGGAAUCUAGAAGCUUUAACGACGUCGGAAUGAAGAAGCCACCGUCACGUUGGAAAGGCGUAUGUCAACAAGGACACCACUUCAAUGAGUCCAACUGCAACAGCAAAAUCAUCGGUGCACGUUGGUAUGUGAAGGGAUACGAAGCUGAAUUCGGAGACUUGGACACGAGCGAUGGGUCUGAGUUUCUAUCGCCACGUGAUGCGUACGGCCAUGGUACGCACACUUCCUCCACUGCAGCCGGAGCUCUAGUAGAAGACACGAGUUUCUUCGGGCUAGCUCGUGGGUUAGCCAGAGGAGGUGCAUCAUCGUCUCAUAUAGCCGUAUACAAGGUGUGUUGGGCCACCGGAGGUUGUAGCUCAGCCGACAUCCUUGCGGCCUUCGAUGAUUCCAUCCACGACGGUGUGGAUGUGAUCUCGGUCUCGUUGGGCACCGGACCGCCAUUUUCGACGUAUCUUGAAGAUCCAUUGGCCAUUGGUUCAUUUCAUGCUGUGGCUUGCGGGAUCACGGUUGUUUGUUCUUGUGGGAACUUCGGUCCGUAUCCUCAAACCGUUACUAAUACAGCUCCGUGGGUGAUAACGGUAGCCGCAAGCACCAUUGAUAGAGCUUUCCCGACCUUGAUUACGCUCGGAAACAAUCAAACUUUCAUGGGUCAAGCUUUCGUUACCGGGAAAGAUUUUCACAAAUUCUACCCUCUCGUGUACGGUGAAGAUAUCGUUGCUGAUGAUGCAGACGAGGACGAUGCAAGAAGUUGUGAAGCUGGAUCGCUGAAUGCAAGUUUAGCUACAGGCGCGAUCGUUCUAUGUUUCCAAUCCCUAACAAGAAGCUUGGCGGCUUCAACCGCCAGAAACGUGCAAGAAGUUGGUGGUGUUGCGAUCAUUUUCGCGCAAUAUCCAACCAAAGAUGUCACUUUGACAUUUGCAAUCCCUUGUGUUCAGAUCGACUUUUCAAUCGGAACAUCUCUAGUAAUCUACGCAGAAUCAAACAGUAAUCCCGUUGUAAAGAUUAGCACCACAAGAACAGUCGUCGGAAAACAAACGUCGCCGGAAGUUGCAUUCUUCUCAGCCAGAGGACCAAGUUCACUGUCUCCCACAGUGCUCAAGCCGGAUGUAGCUGCUCCGGGGGUUAAUAUAUUGGCAUCAUGGUCUCCGGCUGCUUCAUCCGCAGCUAUCGAUCAGAAUCGGGUUCCUUUGCUCGAUUUCAAAUUAGAAUCUGGGACUUCCAUGGCUUGCCCACAUGUUUCCGGCAUCGUUGCUCUUCUCAAAUCUAUGCAUCCGACAUGGAGUCCGGCAGCAAUCAAGUCUGCCCUUGUCACCACAGCCUCCGUAGAAGACGAGAACGGUCUACCUGCGAUUGCAGAAGGAGCUCCACACAAGCACGCCGAUCCUUUCGACUACGGUGGCGGUCACGUCGACCCCAACAAAGCUAUAAACCCUGGGCUCGUAUACAACAUGACAACCGCCGACUACGUUCGAUUUCUUUGUGCAAUGGGCUACAACGAUAGCGCGAUAAGCUCGUUAGCCAAUCUGCACUCUCCUUGCUCUCGGAAAACCAACUUUCUACGAAACCUUAAUCUUCCAUCGAUCUCCAUUCCGGAGUUGAGGAAAUCCAUCACGGUAACGAGGAUGGUGACGAAUGUGAACCCGACAACGACCCCAUCUGUGUACGUGGCACGAAUUGAAGCACCACCUGGCACGAAGGUUAGGGUGGCGCCAUCGAUAUUGAUCUUUAAUUCGACGAAAACCCGAUUGAAAUUUAGGGUAACGAUUUGUCCGAUGGUGAGGGUGGAAGGGAGGUUCUCUUUUGGGAAUUUAUACUGGGAAGAUGGGGUUCAUGUUGUUAGAACGCCGUUGGUAGUUCAUCUCGUGAUUCACAAAUCGUAUUCUCAAAUAUGA